GGGAGAGUGAGAUAUUUAAAAAGGCUUUUUGAUCUUUGUCAAUUUGUGUUUAUUUUAUUUAUUUACUUUUCUUUACUUUAUUUAUUUAUUUUUUUUUCUUUCUGUUAUUUCUUUCCUUUCUUUUUUAUUUUUUUGUUUAUUGAUUCAUUUUAUAAUUUAUUCAUAGUCAUUGUUUAUCCUUGAUUAUGGAAUCAAAAACAAGUAUUCAUUCUUCUCAUUCUUCUAGGAUGGAGGAAAAAGUUGAACAAAUGUCUGCCUUUGAUGAGAAAAAAGCUGGAAGCUAUUAUGAUGAUGAAAAAAUUGUUGGUGAUAUAACUACUGAUACAUUUCAAAAUGAAGACUCUCCUAUUGAAGAAGUUCGUGCUGUUGUCCCCAAUACGGAUGAUCCUACUUUACCAAUUUAUACUUUUCGUAUGUGGUGUCUCGGUCUUGUCUUCAGUUGUGUUUUAGCUUUUGUUAAUCAGUUCUUUUGGUAUAGACGAAAUGCUAUGACUUUAUCUCCUCUUGUUGUUCAAUUGAUUUCUUUCCCUAUCGGCAAAUUUAUGGAAAAAGUAAUUCCUAAAUCUCGUUUCUUUAAUCCUGGUCCAUUCAAUAUGAAGGAACAUGUUUUAAUUACAGUAAUGGCUAAUUGUUCUUAUGGUACUGCUUAUGCUAUCGAUAUUAUCACAAUUCAAAAUUUAUGGUAUGGUCAAGAUAUGGGUUGGGGAGGUGAUAUUCUCCUGAUCUGGACAACUCAAUUAAUUGGUUUCGGUAUGGCAGGUGUACUUCGUCCUUAUCUUGUCUAUCCUUCAGCUAUGGUAUGGCCAAGUAAUCUCGCUAAUAUCUCUCUUUUCCGUUCUUUCCAUAUUGCUGAUGGUGAAUGGACUGGUGUACCUCGUUACAAAUAUUUCUUAUAUUGUUUCUGUGCUAUGUUCGUUUACUAUUGGCUUCCUGGUUACUUUUUCCAGGUUCUUACUUUCUUUUCUUGGGCUUGCUGGAUUAAACCUAGUAAUCGUGUUCUUUCUCAAUUGACAGGUGGUCUUGAAGGUCUUGGUUUACUCGCUAUCUCCUUCGAUUGGUCUACUAUCGUUUCUUUCCUUGGUAGUCCCUUUGUUGUUCCCUGGUGGGCUAUUGCUAAUAUCGCCGUUGGUGCUGCUCUUGUCUCUUGGGUGAUCGUUCCUGCUCUUUAUUACACUAAUACCUGGAACUCUAAAAACUUCCCUAUCAUCACCUCUGCCUUAUUUACUAGUGAUGGUGGCGCCUGGAAUAAUUCGAUUGUCCUUAACGCUGAUAAGACGUUAAAUCAUGAAGCCUAUGAUGAAUAUGGACCCCUUUACAUGACAAGUUUCUUUGCUUUUACCUAUGGUAUCAUGUUUGCUGGUGUCACUAGUAUUCUUACUCAUACUUUCUUAUAUCACGGUAAAGAUAUCAUACGUCAAUUCAAGGCCUCUCGUACUGAAGAUGAAGAUAUUCAUCGAAAAUUAAUGCGUGCCUAUCCAGAGGUCCCGUUUUGGUGGUAUGCAUUCAUCUUUUUUGGAUCAUUAGGUGUUUCCUUUGGUGUUAUCUAUGGUUGGCCAGAGAUUAAGUUACCAUGGUGGGGUUUUCUGUUAGCUGUUGCUAUUCCUAUGAUCUUUACUCUCCCUAUUGGUAUCAUUCAAGCUGUAACAAAUCAACAACCUGGUUUAAAUAUCAUUACUGAACUUGUCAUUGGUUAUGCCUUACCAGGUCGCCCAAUUGCUAAUGUCACCUUCAAGACUUACGGUUAUAUCUCGAUGGCCCAAUGUCUUACCUUUGUAGGUGAUUUGAAAUUAGGUCAUUAUACUAAAGUCCCACCUCGUGCCAUGUUUUGGGUGCAAAUCGUAGGAACAGCCAUUGCUGGUGUUAUCAAUCUUGCUACUGCCAAAUGGUUAAUGGCCACUGUGGAGAACAUUUGUACACCAGAGGCCUAUCCUUUUACUUGUCCUAGUGCACAUACUUUUUACUCUGCUUCUAUCAUCUGGGGUACCAUUGGUCCUGGUAAAAUGUUUGGUGGCGUCUCCCCUUAUGCUAGCAUGAAUUGGUUCUUCUUAAUCGGUUUCCUCUUGCCCAUCCCAUUCUGGUACCUUUCAAAGAGAUAUCCCAACAGCCUCUGGAAGUAUGUUCACUUGCCACUUAUUUUCAAUGCCACCGGUAUGAUGCCCCCAGCUGUACCCCUUAACUUUUCUAUGUGGUGUGCUCUUGGUUUUAUCUCCAUGUAUUGGUUGCGUAAAUAUAGACAUAAUUGGUGGAUCAAAUAUAACUAUUUGACCUCUGCUGCAUUUGAUUCUGGUUGCGCUAUUGCCGCACUUAUCAUUUGGGGUAUCGUGCAAGGUUCAGGAUAUACACCUAAUUGGUGGGGUAACGGAGGUGAUGUUUCAUUUGAUCAUUGUCCUCUCAGCAGCUCCAAUGGUCUUGAUUAAACCAUUCUUUCCUUUGCUAUUCCUUCCCUUUUUUUUUUAUUUUAAUACCAAUAAUAAUGAUAAUAAUAAUACAAUAAUAAUAAUAAUAUGAAAAAAAAAUGAAAUAAAAAUGUAUAUUAAAUAAAAUAUAUAAAUCUAUUCAUUACCUUAAUUUAUUUAUU